AUGCAAAUGCCUUCUGCUGUAUAUACAUCGCCUUCAUAUCCACUUAAGAAAUUUGAAGUUGACCCUAAUGAUCCACAUUAUCAAACUACCAAUGGUAGAACUACAGGACCUAGUGAUUAUGUUUUAAACGCAGGGCAAGUUGAUAGAGACAAACCUUCAGGUCCAAAAAUGGACCCAGUAAACCCUGAUAUUCCAACUUAUUUAAGUCAGUUGAGGAUGCAGUUAACAGGAUUACAAGAUGAUAUUAACGAAUUUUUAACUAAACAGAUGGAAAUAGCUAAGAAUAAAAGAGUCAAAGUUGAAUCUGACGAAAAGGAAAAAAGCAGUCAAAAGAAAAAUAAUAAUAAUGGUACAAAUAAAGAAGAGGAUGACGAUAUUUAUUGA